AUGAUUUGGAUUUCGAUCUGCAGCAACGGCAUGGCUUCACAAACUUUCCCGUUCGAUGAGAGGAAACAUGUGGGUGACUUGAUGCGGCACCUGACGACCGAGCGCGGAUAUGAUUUGGCCGGCGCCUUCCUGUGUUGUGACGGAAACGAGAUGAGGGAAAGUGACUUCCUCCUGUACUACCUCGUCAGCGAAAUUCUUUUCGUGGAGCUGCGCUACCUUUUGAAGUCCUACGCGCACACUACCAACCCCCGAAGCCACUUCCCUCCACCGCCCGUACCAAUCAGAAUCUUUUUUUAUUUGUAUAACGUGAUUCAA